AUGAAGUUUCGUGUUCCUGCAAGGGUCAUGAAAGGCAAACCUAGUUCAUCAAAGGUGGUAGAGCAAGAUGGAGAUUAUGAAAGUGAAGAGCUUGGCAGUUCUGAUUCGGAUAAGGCCCAUUUUGCAAAAUGGUCAGCAUUUGGGAUAGCUUCUUACUUUACUGUCAAUCAAUUCCCAAAUUUUCUAAACCCCAAAACCCUACUCUCUCCGACCACCGCAAUGGCAUCGUCGCUAAUCAUCUACCGCCGCACCUUGAGAGCACUCUCCUCCCUCCACCAUUCCUUUUCAUCAACUCUGACUCUCCCGACCAGCUCCCACAUUUCAUCAUCAUCAUCACUACCUUCACGUCGGGAAUCGUCGCCGAACAUGGUUGCCGUUCAAUCCCGUUCGUUCAGGUCUACCCCAAUUUCUCUUCUAUCUUCUCGCUAUGCCGAAACCCCCGACGAGAUUGGUCCUGAUACGAUCCUCUUCGAAGGUUGCGACUACAACCACUGGCUUUUCGUUAUGGAUUUUCCCAAAGAUAACAAGCCUUCACCCGAAGAAAUGGUUCGCACCUACGAAGAGACCUGUGCUAAGGGUCUCAACAUCAGUGUGGAAGAGGCAAAGAAGAAAAUUUAUGCUUGCAGUACAACCACUUACACUGGAUUUCAGGCUGUUGUCACUGAAGAAGAGUCCAAGAAAUUUGAAAGUCUUCCUGGAGUCAUCUUUGUGCUACCAGAUUCCUAUAUUGACCCUGUCAACAAACAAUAUGGAGGAGACCAGUACAUUGAUGGAACCAUCAUCCCUCGACCUCCGCCCAUACAAUACGGGAGAAACCAAGGAGCAAGACGAGACUUUAAUCGACAAGGACAAGGGAAUCCCUCUUACAAUAAUCAGAGUGGAAGGAAUUUCGGACCUUCACAAAACUAUCCAUCCCAACAAGGAUCACAAGGAUAUCCACCCCAACAAACCCAUGCUCAAACAUCGCAAGGAUAUCCACCCCAACAAAAUUAUUCACUCCCACGUAACAUUGAUCAAGCACCGCAAAAUUACUCCCAACAGCAAACCCUUGGUACUGCUCCACCACAACAAAGCUUUGGAUCACCAGGACAAGGAGAAAGAAGAAAUUAUGCGCCACAACAGAAUUUCGGACCGCCAGGACAAGGAGAAAGAGGAAAUUUUGCACCACCGCAGAACUUCGGACCACCGGGACAAGGAGAAAGAAGAAACUAUGCACCACAACAGAGUUUCGGACCACCAGGACAAGGAGAAAGAGGAAAUUUUGCGCCACCCCAGAACUUCGGACCACCAGGGCAAGGAGAUAGAAGAAAUUUUGCACCACAACAGAACUUCGGACCCCCAGGACAAGGAGAAAGAAGAAAUUUUGCUCAACAACAGAACUUCGGGUCACCAGGACAAGGAGAAAAAAGAGACUCUGUGCCUAGUGAAGGUGGAUGGAAUUUCAAACCAUCAUAUAUGGAGGAAUUUGAACAAGCCAAUAAGGGGAAUCAGCAUGCCAAUGAACAGUCAGGUUCCCAACAAAGAUUUCCACCUCCUGGUCCUGGCAAUUUUACCGGAGAGGGAAGAUAUUGAUAGUAGUCUGAGUCAUGAUGGGUGGCCUGCAUCGAAGUUACCAAAAUUUAUUAUAAGCUGAUUGGACGUCCUUGCUGAUGGGGUCAAAAUUUGAAUCUAUUGAGUUGUCAUUGUAUAUAUCUUUCCAUGUUCUGUUUUCAUUACAAAGAUGGAUGUUGUAAGGCUCUUACUAGCUGCCUCAUGAUUAGUUUAAACAUGUUUGAACUGGUUUAUGCUGGAUGGUUCUUUCUUUCCUUGAUGAUUAACAGAUUGAACGUGGUUUUGUUAUCACUUGUGUUGCCCCUAAGUCUGAUGUUAUUGAUAAUCACAAGGAAGAGGAACUCACUGCUUAGUUUAA